ACUCGGUGCGCCCUCCGCGGACCGGGCGACCCAGCGCGCAGCUGGAGCGUAGCUCUCAGUCCUGCUGAUCCCGCGCCAAGUCCGGGCGGCUCAGGCCGCGCCGCACGCAGCGCCACGCGACGAGAGCGCAAGCCCCGAAGACCCGUCGCAUUGACAGCAUGAGCCGCACCGCCUAUACUGUGGGAGCUCUGCUUCUCCUCCUGGGGACCCUACUGCCCCCUGCUGAAGGGAAGAAAAAGGGGUCCCAAGGGGCCAUCCCCCCGCCAGACAAGGCUCAGCACAAUGACUCCGAGCAGACUGAGUCGCCCCAGCAGCCAGGCUCCAGGAACCGGGGGCGGGGCCAAGGGCGGGGCACGGCCAUGCCGGGCGAAGAGGUGCUGGAGUCCAGCCAGGAAGCCCUGCAUGUCACCGAGCGCAAAUACCUGAAGCGAGACUGGUGCAAAACCCAGCCGCUCAAGCAGACCAUCCACGAGGAAGGCUGCAACAGCCGCACCAUCAUCAACCGCUUCUGCUAUGGCCAGUGCAACUCCUUCUACAUCCCGCGGCACAUCCGGAAGGAGGAAGGCUCCUUUCAGUCUUGCUCCUUCUGCAAGCCCAAGAAAUUCACCACCAUGAUGGUCACACUCAACUGCCCCAAACUACAGCCGCCCACCAAGAAGAAGAGGGUCACACGUGUAAAGCAAUGUCGUUGCAUAUCCAUCGAUUUGGAUUAAGCUGGCACAGCUAGCCUGUCCUAGGCAUGGAGCC